AUGCAAAAACAUGCAAUGCUUUUUUGCGGUUUGACACAUAGCUUCUGUUUGUCAAGAGCUGCUAUGUCUUGCGCAGAGGCCUCGGAAAACGCUCGACAUGGCACAGACGACGCGGCGCCCGUUCUUGGCUUGACCGACGAUAAACAUGGCAGUCUACCCACUGCUCAUCUGAAGCCCAUCCACGGAUGGAGCCUAUGGCUUACACUUACAUGGUUUGCUGCAACUGUUCGAAUUGUUUGCUGUUCAGUUAGCUGGCUACGAGGCUGA